AUGGAAAAUUUCGAUCCAAUUAUCAUACACAAACUCAGAUUGACAAAAGUUCCGGUGAAAGUGAACAAGCUUCUGAGCAAUCGUAGCCGUUGCUUACACUCACCGUCUCUCUCUCUGGUUCCUUUUUUAAUACUAAUUAAUCUCCGGCGAUCACGGGAAGAGAGAAAGAGUGUGAUCGAGGGAGUGACGAUUCGAACAACGGGUUUGUUGUUCCUUGUCGUCGUCUUCAUCAUCGGAACGCGAGUAGAAGCGCAGCUAGUGCCGCCGGUGAGGCAAGAUGGUUUCGUUUACCCACCGGGUCAUCGUUUUGUUGACCCGAAUACUAUACUGAUUGAGGCGUUUUAUGACCCGGUUUGUCCGGAUAGUAGAGACUCUUGGCCGCCUCUGAAGCAAGCUCUUCAUCACUAUGGAUCUCGCGUUGCUCUUCUCCUCCAUCUCCUUCCUUUACCCUACCAUGACAAUGCAUAUGUAACCUCUCGGGCUUUACACAUUGUGAAUACUAAAAACGCCAAUGCUACGUUCUGUUUGCUGGAAGGGUUCUUCAAGCAUCAGACAAUGUUCUACAAUGCGCAAACACAGCUCCUGUCAAGACCUGAAGUUGUGGAGAAAAUAGUCCACCUCGGAACAGGGACGUUGGGAAACUCAUAUCAAUCGGUCCUCAAAUCCGGCUUCAGCGACAAAAAAUCUGAUCGUGCAACCAGGGUUUCCUUCAAGUAUAGUGCUUCCAGAGGGGUUUAUGGGACACCAACCUUCUACGUAAACGGGUUCGUACUGUCUGAUACUGCUUACCCCUCAAAUUUCGGAGGAUGGAAAAAGAUCAUUGAUCCUCUGGUUCAACCACAUGAGGCCGAGAUAUAAGAUAACCCUCGUUUCCUUCCUUUGAAGAUCUUAAGUGUUUUUUGCUUAUCUGUACUGUAAUGUAUAUGACUUGUCCAAAUUUGUAUAUGUUGUUCAUUGUAUUUGUAAUUAAGGAAAGUGAUCUAUAUAAAAGCUGGCCAGCCCGGUUAUAUUAAACAGAAAUUGUAAUGACAAAGGUGAAUUUUAUCUAA